AUGCGAGACAUCACAAAGCUCAAGUCUGAGGAUGUUGUUCGUUCCCAUAUGAGUUACUCAUUGAGGAACAAAGCCACCAAUUGGUACGACACGGAGCUCACUGACUUUGAGAAAGCGUCGCUUCGAUGGAUGCCCCUCGAGGAGGGAUGGUAUCCUCAACUUAUCAAGCGCUGGAAGCCGCCGAGGGCGGAAGCCCUACGCAAAAUGGACGUAACUCGAUACACAUGGAAUGACGUCCGUAUAGGCAAGGAGCCUAGGGACUACGCCCAAGAAAUUAUGAGGCACUCGCGCGCCGUAGGGCGCGACGAACUCUUUGACCAGCUGGUCAAAGUCAGAGACAACAUCGAACCAUCCUUACGGAGAGAUGUUAUAAAUCCGAGCGACACGACCACAUUAACCGAGUUCCUAGAACAUUUGGACCUGAAAUUCCUCGACUGGCAAGACCAAGUCGUUUCUCGAGAACAGCGCAUGACGACCAGACAACAGACCCAGGCCCCAGAACCAACGGACACAACACUGGACAAGUUAUCAAUUCAGCGCUAA